UUUAUAUUCGCUAUAUAUAGCCUUAACAUAACUCCAUCAUAUAUAUAUUACCCUCAUCAUAUUGAUUUCUUUGUUCGUCUUACUAUCAAGUAUCACACCGUAGCACUUGUUCUCCAAAUUUCUCCAUGGCUUCAUUGCAGGUCGCUAGCCCACAGGCGGAAGAGGUGAGCAGCGAUGCAGAAGAGCAGACAGUGAUGACGCCACCCGCGCAAAAUUUCGACAUCGAAAAAACUGUUCACGUCAUCGACGACGACGACAUAGAACAAGUAGAAGACGACGACGACAUAGAAAUCAUUCCGCGGCGUGACGAAGGAAAACAAGUGGAGGAUCUCGAGGAUGCAACUGAUGAAGAAGAAGAGGAUAUUGUUGGAGGGAAGCCAGCGGCUCAAUUUGAUGACGAUGACGACGAAGAUUACGAAGAACCUGCCGGAAAAGGCAUCCGAAGCCGUCGCUUCCCCGACGAAGAUGAAGAUGAGGAAUGAAGAGAGAAAGUAGCGUUGCAUGCAUGGCUACAUGGAGCCGAGUGAUGAACCCAGAAACGCAAAAUAAUUAUGCAGUGAUCCCUAUAUUUGAUAUUUGAUCAUGGUUUGAUAUAUUAAUUAAUUUUCUGUACUAGAGUAUUAUAUAAUAGAUUGUUUGUGUUUCAGUA